AUGGCGGGCCCGCUGAGCGUCGGCGUGAACCUGGAGGCCUUCUCCCAGGCCAUCGGCGCCAUCCAGGCGCUGCGCUCCAGCGUGAGCAGGGUGUUCGACUGCCUGGGGGACGGCCUGCGCAACAGGGAGACGCUGGAGGGCCGGGAGAAGGCCUUCAUCGCGCGCUUCCGGGACAACCUGCACUCGGUCCACCGGGACCUCCACGAGCUGGAACGUCUGAGCAACCUGGUCUGCAAGCCGUUGGAGAACCACCCGCUCCAUAACAGCGGCCUGCUGAGCCUGGACCCCGCGCAGGACAAAACCCCCCUCUACAGCCAGCUCCUGCAAGCCUACAAGUGGUCCAGCAAGCUGCAGUGCCACGCAGGCCUGGCAGCCGGCCUCCUGAAUCAACAGUCGCUGAAACGCUCUGCUAACCAGAUGGGAGCGCCUGCGAAACGCCGGCCCAAGGCGCAGCCCACCAUGCUCCUCCUGCCGCCUCAGUAUGUUGAUGACGUGAUCAGCCGCAUUGACAGGAUGUUUCCUGAAAUGUCCAUCCAGUUAUCCAGGCCCAAUGGAACGUCGGCGAUGCUUCUGGUGACCUUGGGAAAGGUGCUGAAAGCGAUUGUCGUCCUGCGGAGCCUGUUCAUUGACCGAACGAUCGUGAAGGGCUACAACGAGAACGUCUACACGGAAGGCGGCAAGCUGGAUAUAUGGUCCAAGUCCAACUACCAAGUGUUCCGGAAGGUGACAGACCACGCCACCACUGCCCUGCUGCACUACCAGCUGCCCCAGAUGCCGCAUGUCGUGGUCCGGUCCUUCAUGACCUGGCUGAGAAGUUACAUAAAGCUGUUCCAGGCGCCCUGCCAGCGCUGCGGGAAGUUCCUGUGGGACGGCCUGCCCCCCACCUGGAGGGACUUCCGCACCCUCGAAGCCUUCCACGACACCUGCCGGCAGUGACCGCCCCUU